AAGGGGCAUCUCAUAAUAACUUGCCAGAUGAGGCUCUGUUCCAAUAGGUUUACAUAUCGAAGCUUGAAGGUCCAAAUCCGAAUGACCUCGAAUUCCUACGUAGUUGGUUUGAAAGACCUUCUAUGGGAUGCUUUCCGAUAAGGGGAAUCGAUUUCAAGGCUUGGGAGCAGAGAUCUGAAAACGACCUAGUCGCCGUAAAGCCUCGAGUACUAUCGGGUCCGCUUUCCUGGUGGAUUACGAACAUCGUGUUCCCUUUAUAUCAUCGCAUAUUCGGCGUGAAAUUUGGGAUAGCCGACUCGAAUGAAGUGGGAGACGGGCUAUACACAUACGAAGAAUCAUUGAUUAGUUCCGUCAUCAAUAUUAUCACAACCGUUGUUGCGGCCGUGUUGCCCCUCUCGUCGAUCGUGGUGUUAUUUUUGGUGAAAUCCGAGUCGACCAGGCUGGGGAUUCUCAUAAUCUCCUCUGCCUGCUUUGCGCUCGUGCUCGCGCUCAUGACCAAUGCAAGACGGAUAGAGGUGUUUGCAGCAACGGCUGCAUAUGCUGCCGUAAAUGUUGUUUUUCUGAGCAAUAACUAA